AUAUACCAAGAGGAUAUUCUGCCUCGCAAGAUUGAGAGGGAAAAGGAAAAGGCGCAGCUCGCCAAGGAGAAGCAAGAAAGACGAGAGAAGGAGAGGCAGGAGCGCGAAGAGCGCUUGGCGAGUCCAAUGCAGCAGAUGCAGAUUGCAGAGCAGUUGGAACUAUUGAAGAAAGGGCUCAAGAAGGAUUCAUAG